AAAUACAUUGGAAACUGAGAAGGGACAGAUCUUUGAUCCUCCACUUUUAGAGUGAGAAACAGACAAAACGGCAUCGCCCAGGUAGUGGUUGGUUCAGGGGAAGAGAGAGAGAGAAGAGCGCCUGGGUGUUAGAUCAGGAGAGUGACUCAGAGAGAGAGGAGAGAGACAGUGCCAAGGGUUUUAGAUCAGGAGAGUGAAAGAGAGACAGGAACAGUGCCUAGUGUUUUAGAUCAAGAGAGAGAGAGAGGGGAGAGAGACAGUGCCAAGGGUUUUAAAUCGAGAGAGAGAGAGAGGAUAUGGCUUCUCCGUCGCCGCCGUCGUCCUCGGAGAGGGUGGUAAAGAAAGAGAGUUUGGGAUGGAUAGAAUGGUUGAGGGGAUGGUUCUAUGUGAUAUACGAGAUGCUGUUUCAGAGGAUAAUGGCGAGCCAUUUGCAGGAUCCAAUGCCUCUUCCUCCUCUCAGCGAUGUUACUUGCAUCAUUACCGGAUCUACCAGUGGUAUUGGCCGCGAAAUCGCCAGGCAAUUGGCAGAAUCAGGGGCGCACGUUGUAAUGGCGGUCAGGAACCCAAAGGCAGCACAUGAGUUGAUCCGGAAGUGGCAGGAGGAAGUGUCAGGAAUGGGGCUUCCUCUUAAUAUUGAGGUAAUGGAACUCGAUCUUCUCUCUCUGGAUUCUGUUGUGCGAUUUGCUGAAGCGUGGAAUGCACGUUCGGGACCUUUGCAUGUUCUCAUCAAUAAUGCGGGGAUAUUUUCCAUUGGGGAACCACAGAAAUUUUCAAAGGACGGUUACGAAGAGCACAUGCAAGUGAAUCAUUUAGCUCCAGCAUUGCUUUCAGUAUUGCUUUUGCCAUCUCUUAUCAGAGGCUCCCCAAGCCGAAUUAUUAAUGUGAAUUCAGUUAUGCAUUAUGUUGGAUUUGUUGACACAGAAGAUAUGAACGUUGUUUCCGGGAAAAGAAAAUAUACAAGCUUAGUGGGGUACUCAGGCAGCAAAUUAGCACAGGUCAUGUUUAGUAGCGUCCUCCAUAAGCGGUUGCCUGCUGAAGCUGGCAUAAAUGUAGUAUGUUUAUCUCCCGGAAUUGUCCAGACUAAUGUUGCAAGGGAUCUUCCGAAGAUUGUUCAAGCAGCUUAUCACCUAAUACCCUAUUUUAUCUUCAGUCCUCAAGAAGGUUCUAGAAGUGCACUUUUUGCAGCCACCGAUCCCCAGGUUCCCGAGUACUGUGAAUUGUUAAAAGCAGAUGAGUGGCCUGUCUGCGCCUUCAUUUCUCAAGAUUGCCGUCCCACAAAUCCAUCCGAAGAGGCACAUAAUAUAGAAACUUCUUACAAAGUGUGGGAGAAGACAUUACAGAUGAUUGGCCUUCCUUUGGAUGCAGUAGAGAGACUUAUAGAAGGGGAAGAGGUUAAUUGCAGAUAUGGUGCACAGCAGGGGUAGUUUUUCCUUUUACUAUGAUUAUUAACUGUUUUCGUCUGUUUUAGGGGCAUGCUCCCUGAACUCCUUUUUUGGCUGACUACAUACUACAAGGGUUGGGUUGAAACUCCAAGGUCUGCUCCCUGCUGUGCUACUGCUUCUCCGAGGGGAAACUCACUCUUAUCUUGUAUUUUUGUUAGCUUUUUUUUUUUUCUGACUAAUCCAAAAAAAAAAAAAAAGGUUAGCUUUUUCACGUCUCUGAUUAUAUAUAACCUUUGUGGGUCUUGUAAUAAUGUAUUUGGAAAAAAUUGAUGGCGAUUCUGUCAUACCCUGUACGUACUUAUUUAUUUGAGUUUAUUAUUUUCAGUUGCAAUUGUCUUUGAAUGUCUGAUUUGAAUUCUUUGCGAGCACGCUCUUCUUCUAAAUGAUUAUAUAUAACAUUUUUGAGUUUCUGUAA